AUGUCUAAUCUGUGCGAACAACUGUUACCAACUCGAUUAUGUACAAGUCAGAAGACCCAUACAAGUUCGGAGGGUGAGGCGUUGUGCGGUUUGUGUGGUAAGGCCCCAGAAAGUGUAGAUCACAUCAUGUCUGGGUGCGGUGCGCUGGCACAGAGUAAGUACCUUUCCCGACACGGCUCAACUUUAAAGGUACCUUUCUAUGACAUACUGCUUGAUCUGGAACUCAAUCAGGCCUGUGUACGUGUCGGAUGACGUAUAAGCUUAUUGGGACGUACCAGUUUUUGCACAUCAUGAAGAUGUGACCCACGAAUCGUCAAGUACAAGACCAAGUGGAUCACUACACUCGAAAUAAGUUGUCCGUUGGUCAACAACAGAGAGAAGAGAAGCCAAGACAAGACUGUAAAGUAUGCCCACCCCCUAAGUUGGAAAUUAAAACUUACAGCCGUUGAAUGGUACGAAGUGAAACAACACAGCAAAGUCAUUGAUGCCCUUACGAGCGUUUUUUUGGAGUAUAAAGAUAUAGAUGUUUGAACACAUUUUACACAUUUUUAUUAUUAUGGUUAUAUUUCCAUUUAACUCCUAGGCUUACACGUUAAGCUGUGCGCCCUGUGCAGCUGCUUUUAGCAUCAAGUUGAGAACUCUGCUAAAAUAAGAAGAGGAAGAAGAGGAAAGAAGGAAGAAGAAGAAGAGGAAGAAGAGGAAGAAGAAGAAGAAGAAGAAGAAGAAGAAGAAGAAGAAGAGGAAGAAGAGGAAGAAGAAGAAGAGGAAGAAGAGAAAGAAGAAGAAGAGGAAGAAGAAGAAGAAAAAGAAGAACAAGAACAAGAACAAGAAGACAAAGAAGAAGAAGAAGAACAACAACAACAAGAACAUCAACAACAAGAAAAAGAAGAAGAACAACAGCAACAUCAACAACAACAAGAAAAAGAAGAAGAACAAGAGGAAGAACAAGAAGAACAAGAACAAGAACAAGAAGAACAAAAAGAACAAGAAGAACAAGAACAAGAACAAGGACAAGAAGAACAAGAACAAGAACAAGAACAAGAACAAGAACAAGAACAAGAAGAAGGGAAGACAACAAGCUAAGGAAAAACUAUCUGCACACGGUGGAAAGACAAGGCCCUUACUGGGAAACACCCCAAAAUAAUGAAAGAUGUAGACCUCCUAAGUCCUAGGAACUAACGAAUAGUGGCUUAAUUUAAAAGCGGAAAUUGAGGGGCUGAUCAUUGCCGCACAGGAUAAAAGCCCGGCAACAAGGUUCUACCAUAGCAACAUCAUCAAAGAUGGCACUAACCCACUGUGUAGAGUGUGUGGCAAGAUUGACGACUUUGUUGAUAUGUCCUAUCUGGAUGCUCAGAACUGGCGGAUUCUGAAUGCAUUCAAAGACAUGAUAACGCAGCAUUAUAUAUCCAUUGGAAGGUGUGCCGGGAUUAUAAAAUCAUGACAUCCGUAGUGAAAUGGUAUGAACACAAACGAGAAAAACCAGAAACUGUCGUAGAAAAUGAAAAAGCGACAAUUCUGGGGAAUAUGCCAAUCCACGCUGAUGGAGAAGUAAGAGCCAACAAACCGGAUAUAAUAUAAUUAGAGAUCACACGAAUCAGAGAUGCUGGAUUAUAGAUAUGGCAGUUCCAUCGGACAUAAAUUCAUUGGUUAAGGUGGUCGAGAAACCCUCGAAGAACAAGGACUUAGAUAUUGAAACCACCAGAAUGUGGAAAAUGGAAACAGAGACGAUACCAGUUGUUAUUGGUGCACUUGGGUCAUUAAUUAGGGACUGGAAAAACAUAUUGACAAAAUUCCAGGCACAGCCAGCAUCAACGGGCUCCAAAAAAUUACUCUUUUGGGAACAGCUCACAUCCUCAGAAAGGUUCUACCUAAGGACCAUGGUUUGGUCCCAGUGCUUCAGAGAGUAAAUAAGCAAGUCAAGGAUUACAAAUAGGAUAGUUAUAAUUAGAAAAGUAAAUUACGAUUAUCAUAAAAAAAUCUCUCAGAUUCCUUUGAGGUAAUUUGUCAUACGCAGAAGACUGUCAGAACACAACAAGGUAACAUUUGCCAUAAAAUAUCUUCCCAUCUCGCAUCCAAGGUAAUGACGUCAUCAUUCACGUGACUAUUUCCGAAUUAGUCUUUUGUUUUUUUGUUGCUGUGACAAGAUUUCAUUGAAGAGUUAAAAACAAAUAGCAUAUUUGAGGUUUUAGUUGUGUGAGGCAUUUAAAAAUAACCAGUUGACGUCCGGCAUUUAAAAUUUAAGGGGGUAAGAACAUGAGGGAAAAGUCGGGAGACUAGGCCGAGGGCUGUAGAUAGAGAGUCAACUUUUUAUAACACGGCAGAGAACAUUUGCGGGAAAGUAAUGCACUGCCUGAUUUUUUUUUUUUCAUGACCUAAUGACGUCAUUAGUCACGUGGUCAAAGUGUCUUGAAUGCUUUAGUUCGUUUUUAAAGUACCUUUUUUGCCAUAUAUUAGCAAGUUGUUGCUGUUUUCUCAACAAUUCAUUACACUAUAUUGUCUCUGAGUAAUUAUUAUUCCAUUUUCAAAGCAGAACCAAACGAAAAGUGAGCCAGAAGCCCCUGCUCUUUCCUUGUUUGUUCUUGCCCCUCCUUUGAUGGAAUAUGGGUGAUAUCGGUCAAAUAUUGCAUCGACUCUGGUGCAUUAAUCAGAAAAGUCGGAAUUAACAUAGGCAGUGAACUAGCUUCCCCAUUCUCCAAACGGCUUUGCAGCAGAGGCGUUGCUGAGAAAUUGAACUGCCGCCAUCCCGUCGAUAAUAGGACAACCCUCAUCUUGCUGAUAGGGCGCUGGCUUUGCCCAAAUCCGUUUUCCCUGAUGCUUUCUCUCCAACUUCCAUUGGGCAUGGCAAUUGAAUGCAGAACAACAGAACAGAGUUCUCUACACCGACAUCAUGACCAGAUUCUAUCACAAUACACCACCAGAGAUCUCUCUCUGCCUUUAUUGCAGCUGCUUUGAGCUUUAAUUUGUUUGACACUGUCGUGAAACUUAACUUCUUUGUUGAUUAGCCUUUCAUUAACAAACUCAAACCAGUUCCUCCUUCACUCAGCAGGCCAUUUGAUUUCUUCACUGUAACAUCACUGGUCGUCAUUACAACUACGUUAUCUGGUCCACAAAGUACAUCAUACCUCGUAAAGCACGACACCAGCUAAGAACAUCCUCUUCAUCUCGACGCAUUAAUCCCCAUUAAAGCAAUUUUCAAAAUACACAGAUUCUAUUACUGAGAAUAAAGGAGAUCGUCUUUAUGCGCACUACGCCCAAGGUAGCUAUUUAUUAUGUUUAUUGAGGGGGGGGGGGAUGUAAUAAGGAAGAGUCACACAGAAUUUUUCAAAAAAUUCAAUUUGUUUACUUUUAAAAUUUUGGCAACUUUCGCCUUUUAUAAACCCUUUCUGUUGUAGACCAUUGUAAGUUAAAUUAUGAGACAUUCUAACUUAAUUAUAACUCUAGGUGGACAAAUCUUGUAGUGUUACCAUUCAAGAGAAGUGCAUACUAGCUGCUUAUCAAUAAUUAUAUGUUGCGUGCAAUCUUUCCUUGUUUUGCUAGGUCUGUGUUUUGUUUUUUUUUGUUUUUUUCAACUUUUUUUUUUUUUAACGGAAUACAUUGCAUACUACGUAAAACGCUCUCAUUAGCAACUUUUACGGUAGCUUUACACGAUAGUGUACACAUGCGUAAAGGUUUGCCUCUGAACUUAACGGAACUUUGAGCAAUCAGGUAAAGAUUGUUAAAUUUCAAUUUUAGUGCUGUGAUUAUUGCCUUUCCGAGCUCUCUAUACUCUUACCCUUUUUUGCCAUCUCUGACAUUAAACAUCGUUUUCUCUUGUAGUAACGCACUAGCGUUCUCUUCCAGAGUCCGUUACGGUAAUUUGAACAUGACCUCCAGCCACUUUGCCAGAGCGACUGACGAAAGUGAUAGAAACUAAUGAUGACGAUGAAGAUGAAGAUGAUGAUGAUGAAGAUGAUGAUGAUGAUGACGACGAUGAUGAUGACGACGAUGGCAAUGACGAUGAUGAUGAUGUGCGUGUAAGUAAAUGUAUCCUUGCCAGCAGGUGUAAACUCAGCAGCACAGAUACUCUGUAA